GCUGUCAGUGCCAGCGGAGCAAAUAGUGAUACUUCCGGCCAGCUCAUCUUGCUUGUUUGCACCCUGCUUGGUUCGUUCACCAUGGUGCUGCUCACUAUGAUAGCCCGAGUGGCUGAUGGGCUGCCGCUGGCGGCUUCUAUGCAGGAGGAUGAGCAGUCUGGUAGAGAUCUGCAGCAGUACCAGAAUCAGGCGAAGCAACUAUUCCGCAAGCUAAAUGAGCAGUCCCCAACACGGUGCACCCUGGAGGCUGGUGCUAUGGCUUUUCACUAUCAGAUUCAGAAGGGCGUGUGUUACCUGGUCCUGUGUGAAGCUGGGUUUUCCAAGAAGCUGGCAUUUUCUUACCUAGAAGACCUGUGUUCUGAAUUUGAUGAACAACACGGGAAGAAGGUGCACUCAGUAUCAAGACCCUACUCUUUUAUUGAGUUUGAUACUUACAUCCAGAAGACAAAGAAAAACUACAUUGACAGCCGAGCCCGGAGAAAUCUUGGAUCUAUCAACACGGAGCUGCAAGAUGUGCAAAGGAUCAUGGUCGCUAACAUUGAAGAAGUCUUACUUAGAGGAGAGGCACUGUCAGCUUUGGAUUCAAAAGCCAACAACCUGUCCACCUUAUCAAAGAAGUAUCGGCAAGACGCAAAGUAUCUAAACAUGCGCUCCACCUAUGCAAAGCUGGCCGCUGUGGGAGUCUUCGCGAUCAUGCUGAUUGUUUAUGUCCGGUUUUGGUGGUUGUAAAAUUUAAAAAAAGCACGAAGAGAAGGAAAAAAUGAGAAUAAUAAUUAUAAGCAUUUGGUCAGUUUUCCAGGCCAAGGUGUUAACCUCUUUACUGCAAAGAAAGUCAGCCAGGCAGUCAUUAGGUUAAUGGUACACACACACUGUAGAGGUUACCAGUCACCAAAAGGGGCGUAUGAUGAAAGAGAAGGCCUGUAGAGAAUACAGAUUUAAAGACAGGCACCACUUUUUAAUGUAGUAAAGAUGAGGGGGGAAAGUUAUGACCCUCUAAUGGUAUAUGUACAUUUUCCUAAUUGGAGCACUGUCAAACUUGCUUGUGUGAUGACAUCAAAAAUGUUUCUGGCUGGCCUUUUUGCAGUACUGUGUGCUAUAGGUAGCAUACAGUCUUUGUCCUAAAGCUCUUAAAUUUAAUGAGCCUCUGAUCAGGAAGACUUACUGCUACUGUUCAGUAAACACAAGUUAUGUGAGCAAUCUCUGUAUGCUGCAGCCCAUAAAAAUAUCCUGAAUAAUGCAACUAUACGAGACCACAACUAUCUAUUUAAUUUAGUAGUUCUGUAAAUAUAACCUGGGUUUAGCCUGCUUUUGAGACUUAGUGAAACAUUUAUUCUUUCUUGUCUCUUUUACUACACUAUGAAGCUGUGUGUUAUCUACCUGUAGUGCUCCGUUCUUAUGCAUUGUAAAUAGACAUGUACAAAAAGCAUUUGUUUGCAUAACCAAUGAUCGAAUUAGUCCGAAAUGUGUUCAUUAAAUAAACUAAUGAACGAAUACUAAAA